CGGUUCUCGUCUAUCAGUCCGUUCGCUUCCAACGAAUCUUUCUGCCCCGCGCUAGUCAACAACUUCUUGGCCUGGAAAAAGACAGAUUUCUCUUGUAGCGGUGUCGGUGGGGGUUUCUACGGCGAUUCAGAGAUGAUGUGUCACGAGCAUGAGGUGGAGCAUCAUCACACCAUUUGCCAGCACACGCCACUGCUAGGUACGGCGGCGCAAGCAUCGACACGACUGAGACUGAGAAUUAAUCCGGCAGAAGCGGCACGAUUUUUCCAUCUCACGCGAGAUUACUACGACUGGCAGAGACCCAGUCCCGAAAUGUGCUCCUUAACUGAGAUGCGGGUCCGGAGGAAUCGGCCCGCGUGUUUCUGUGCCAGCUACCUCAACCUAACCUUUCGACAAGCUGACAGUCUCUAGCACUGACUGCUCCACUCACUCUUCCGGCAUGCCUGUCGCCCUUUUCCAUUGUGUUGAACACACACGGUCAUACCGCUCGGCGUGAGCGCACAUAUCAGCACAAGAAGUAGCGCGAAAGUGCCGCAGGAUGUAUGCGCGCACUCACGGCGAAAGUCGGUUCUAGAACAUGUCUGAUGAACUGGAAUCAUUGCACCGGGCAAAGUUCCCGAACGCUGUACGGAAAAAAGCGCUGACUGACGUGCAAUACUUGUGAGUCUACGUAGCCAACAGCGUGGCUUUCCACCCCACAGUCGUUACUAGCGAUGAGCUAGACUCGUUUCUAUUGUGCGCAAUCUUUCCCGGCUACCCUUUGAUCGUCGAUGUGCGGAACCACUUGUCCCAAAAUAUCUUUUGAGGAUGUCGGGCUCGGCUUUCGUCUGUUAUCACAGGAAAACAAGCGGAAUUGCUCUCAAAGUUCUCCUGGAUGAAUUUACGUAUCCUUCCCGUUCCGGUCCACUGCGCGUGCCGCAAAGGCAUAAUCGAAGAGGCAGAUUACUCCGACCACGGGCCUCGGUAGGAGGACGCUGAAAGUACUCAAGUUGACGUUCUUU